CUCCAUAAGCGAAAGCUAUAAAUACCAGAAGAGGCUCAAUCGGUUGUCUUAGUUGAUCAUAUUCGAAGUUCUGAGUUCUUGUUGCCGAUUCACAUAAUCUGCUAAGAAUCUUCCCUUUUCGUCGAGAGAUUACUCGCACUGAGAGGUAAAUUUCUAGGGUUUCUGUUCAAUCCGGCGCUGUUGAUUCGUGAUCGGAUUCAGUCUUUUUUCAACAACGGCGAUUCGUUCGAAGAUUGUGGGAUAAAAUCCCGGUUCGAAUUUCUCCGAUCGUCUCGUAAUUUUCGCCGUUUGGUGUUGAUCUGAGUUGUAAUUAACCGAAUCGAUGGGUCUAGACAUGUACGGCAGAAGCACGCUUGUCUACCACAGACUCCGGGGACACACAGCGCCAUCGGACUCGACGCAGAAGGUCUGUUUCCACUGGAGAGCCGGCAGGUGCAAUCGCUUCCCGUGUCCUUUCCUACACAGAGAAUUGCCAGGACCGGGUCAAGCCACAGCGUCGUCGUCGAACAACCGAGUCGCCGACGAGUCCGGGUUCGCGGGUCCGAGUUACCGGAGAGGACCUGGGUUCAACGGGAACGGCAAUUCAUGGAGGAGAUUUGGCGGCAGCAGGACGGUGACGAAGACGGAGAAAGUUUGCCGUUUCUGGGUUCAAGGGAAUUGCCAGUAUGGAGACAAGUGCAGAUACUUGCACUGCUGGAGCAUGGGAGAUAGUUUUUCUUUGUUGACUCAACUCGGCGGCCAUCAGAAGCUUGUUAGUUCGAUCGCUCUGCCAUCAGGAUCAGAUAAACUUUACACGGCCAGCCAAGAUGAGACUUUGAGGAUCUGGGAUUGUGCUUCUGGACAGUGUACCAGUGUUUUUAAUCUUGGCGGUGAAGUUGGCUGCAUGAUUAGUGAGGGACCGUGGCUAUUGGUUGGCAUGCCAAAUCUUGUUAAGGCGUGGAAUGUUCAAAACAAUGCAGAACAUACCCUAACUGGACCUGUUGGCCAAGUGUACUCACUGAUCGCGGCUAAUGAUCUACUGUUUGCCGGCACAGAGGAUGGUUCUAUUCUGGUUUGGAGAUUUAAUGGCGCCACUGGUUCUUUUGAUCCUGCUGCUUCACUCAAGGGCCACACACGUGCAGUUGUUUCAUUAUGUGUUGGAAAGAACAGAAUUUAUUCGGGUUCCAUGGACAAUUCUAUAAAAGUAUGGAGCCUCGACAAUCUGCAGUGUAUACAAACACUCACAGAGCAUGAAUCUGUUGUCACGUCCCUCAUCUGCUGGGAUCAGUUUCUUCUGUCUUGUUCAUUGGACAACACAGUCAAGAUUUGGGUUGCUACCGAAGGUGGGAACUUGGAAGUGACAUACACUCACAAGGAAGAACAUGGUGUUGUAGCUCUAAGUGGCAUGCAUGAUGCAGAAGCCAAGCCGGUGUUGAUGUGCUCGUGCAACGACAAUUCGUUGCGCCUCUAUGACUUGCCAUCAUUUGCUGAGAGGGGCAAGAUUUUCGCAAAAGAAGAGAUAAGAUCGAUCGAGAUAGGUCCCGGAGGCUUAUUCUUCACCGGUGAUGGAAGUGGUCAAGUUAAGGUGUGGAAGUGGAACACCGAACCAGCUGCCGCUUCCUCCUCUUGAGCAAAAGACUUUGUUCUCUGUCUCUUUUGGGGAUUUGGGUAUCAGAAGAAGGGCAUUUUUUUCCUUGUUUCUGUAUUCUGAGCUCCUCGGCAUUAAUGAGGAGGAUCUGCCCUGUAACUCUCAUUCAUUUGCUUGAGACAAUUGUAAACAUAUAGUCUUUUGAAGAUACAGAGAGAAUUUAUGUAUCAUUAUGAAUAGAUGAGUCAGAUUUUGAAUGGUCUGGUCUGAUGAUGAUGAUGAUUGUUUGGGACAU